AGUUGAGUAUUCGCCCGCAGCUCAUCAAGAAAUUUUUCAAAUUUUUCUCUUUAUUUUGCACGACUCUUAAUGCAAAGCAUUAGAAUGUGCUUUACAAUCAAAAUCAGAAAAUUAUUUUAAAGUUCGCGAAAUCAGGAAAUUAUUUUUACGUUCGCGUAUUUCCGACAACUGUCGGAAUCUCUCGUGGACAUUUUUCAACCGCGCAAAAUAAAGGAAAAAAAAAACACAGCAGAGUCGACGUAGAGCAAUUUGUUGUGUUGUACCAAACUUGUAAUUAUUAUGUCAAUUACUGUAUGACUUACAUAAAGACAUCGGUAAUUGAUAUGAGCCCAAGUUGCUGCAAUUUUUUUCUACAAUAAAAAUUAAUGUCAUAAAUUUUUAUUUCAAAUAUUACGUCGAGUAUUUUUGUAUUUACACAAUAAUUUAAGUAAUCGCUUGACUGCAGCUAAUUGAAAAAAAAAAAAAAAAAAAAAAUUUGGAGGUAAGAGUAAAAAAACAAAAUGCCAGAUAUUAAAGUAACGCCACUGGGAGCUGGACAAGAUGUUGGAAGGAGCUGCAUCCUUGUAUCUAUGGGUGGAAAAAAUAUAAUGCUUGACUGUGGGAUGCAUAUGGGUUUUAAUGAUGAGAGAAGAUUUCCAGACUUUUCUUAUAUUGUACCUGAAGGACCAGUGACGAAUUACAUUGACUGUGUAAUCAUCUCGCACUUUCAUCUAGACCACUGUGGAGCGCUUCCUUAUUUCACUGAAAUGGUGGGAUACACGGGACCAAUUUAUAUGACCCACCCUACAAAAGCGAUAGCUCCAAUCCUGCUAGAAGACAUGAGGAAAGUAGCAGUAGAACGUAAAGGCGAGAGCAAUUUUUUUACUUCGCAAAUGAUUAAGGAUUGUAUGAAGAAAGUUGUUGCCGUGACACUCCAUCAGUCAGUGAUGGUCGAUCCAGAGUUGGAGAUAAAAGCUUACUAUGCCGGGCACGUGCUUGGGGCUGCCAUGUUCCAUGUAAGAGUCGGUUCCCAGUCGAUUGUCUACACCGGCGACUACAAUAUGACUCCAGACCGACAUCUAGGCGCUGCUUGGAUAGACAAAUGUCGGCCUGAUUUACUAAUAUCUGAGUCUACUUACGCCACGACGAUUCGCGACUCUAAAAGAUGUCGAGAACGUGAUUUUUUAAAAAAGGUUCAUGAAUGUAUAGAUCAUGGAGGUAAAGUAUUGAUACCAGUAUUUGCUCUCGGUCGUGCUCAAGAACUAUGUAUACUCUUAGAAACUUACUGGGAACGUAUGAAUCUCAAAGUACCUGUUUAUUUUGCCCUCGGUCUCACAGAAAAAGCGAAUAAUUAUUACAAAAUGUUUAUCACCUGGACAAACCAAAAAAUAAAAAAGACUUUUGUCCAGAGAAAUAUGUUUGAUUUUAAACAUAUCAAGCCAUUUGACAAAGCUUUCAUUGAUAAUCCUGGAGCUAUGGUAGUUUUUGCAACACCGGGAAUGUUACACGCUGGAUUAUCACUGCAGAUUUUCAAAAAAUGGGCGCCAAAUGAACAGAACAUGGUAAUCAUGCCUGGUUUCUGCGUGCAGGGAACAGUAGGACAUAAAGUACUUGCAGGCGCAAAGAAAAUCGAAUUUGAAAACCGGCAAAUUGUCGAAGUUAAAAUGGCCGUUGAGUACAUGUCAUUUUCAGCACACGCGGAUGCCAAAGGAAUAAUGCAACUGAUUCAGUACUGCGAGCCAAAGAAUGUUAUGCUCGUGCACGGAGAAUUUGCAAAGAUGGAAUACUUGAAAGAGAAAAUAAAACAAGAGUUCGGUAUCAAUUGUUAUAAUCCAGCAAACGGAGAGACUUGUGUCAUCACUACCAUGUCCAAAGUACCUGUUGAUGCUUCUUUGGAGCUUUUGAAAGCCGAGGCCAAACGUUAUUCAGCUCUGCCGCCAGAUCCCAAAAGAAGAAGACUUCUGCACAGCGUUUUGAUGCUAAGAGAGGACAGCGUGAGUCUCGUGGACGCCGAAGAGGUGGGGAAAGCAGCAGGAAUACCGAGGCACGUCGUAAGAUUUACCUCCACAGUACAGAUCCAAGAUCCCGGUCCAGUUCAAUCAACGACGAUGAAGUUAUUUCAACCGUUGAAGGAACGGUUGACUGGGUGGAAUGUUCAGCUGACUGAUGGUGCCAUUUCUGUUGAGUCUGUUUUAGUUAAAAUUGAGGGAAGCGAAGAUGAUCAAAAGAAUGUGUACGUUUCUUGGACGAAUGAAGACGAAGAUUUAGGCAGCUACAUCCUUGGAUUCCUCCAAACCAUGUUGAAUUAAUUUAAGUUGAUAAUAAUCUAUCGUUAUUUUUAUAAUAUCAUAAAUAUAAUUUUAGCAAAGGUAAAGCAAA